AUGGCGGUCUCCGCUUACCAGGCACUCGACGGCAUAAACGAAAAGCAGGUCACUGACCUGAAGGAAAUCUUCGACCUUUUCUUACAUAUCCAGGAUACAGAUAAAGACGGACAAAUCACGGCGGCGGAACUUGGCGAAGUUAUGAGAGCUCUCGGCCAAAACCCUACCGACUCUGAGCUACAAACCAUUAUCGACGAAGCCGAUUUAGACAACAAUGGCGCGCUAGAAUUCUCCGAUUUCGUCCGUUUAAUGUCAGACAAGAUCAAGCCAACCAACCCUGAGGAUGAGCUUUGGGAUGUUUUCGUGAUGCUGGAUCGCAACGGCGACGGACGGGUCUCGAAGGAAGAAUUGCGCGAAGCCAUGGCAGUACUCGCCAAGGGAGUUAGCGAGGCAGAUUUGAAUGAGAUGCUUCAGGCCGCGGAUGAGGAUGACGACGGGCAUAUCAGCUAUGAGGAGUUCGUCAAGGUCAUGAAGACAACAUGA